AUGACGUAUAUCAUCGCUGUAAAAUUCUUUAGUAACGUGGGCAAUUCCAAGGAGAUUGUUAAGGAAGUCAUCAUCAGGAAGGAUGGGCCUUCUACACAGCCAUUAUUGCUCCCGGAGGAAAUUGAGAAAGAGAACCAAAGGCUCCAAGGACACAGUGCUUGUGCCCCUUGUUCCGUGUGUCCAGACGCUGCUCAGAGCAGAAGUGCAGGUGUUGCGGGCAGCACAAAUGACCUCACAGGAUAUUCCACUUCCAAGAACACACAGAGUCGCACAGAGCAAAAUAUGGAAGAAAAAAUUUCCCAGUUCCCAUGUACAGACUCUAAACCAUAUACCUCAAACGGCAGUGACUUGUUUAGUUGCUGUAGAACAGCAAUUGCCGUUGAAAAUUUUUGGGAGCUUGGACACAGGAAGAUCACUGUGCUUGUGCCUCAGUGGAGAACAAGGUGCAAUCCUAAUGUCACAGAACAGCACUUCUUGACCCAACUCCAGGAGCUUCGAAUGUCACCGUUUACUCGAUCCAGGACAGUCUUUGGAGAAGGAAUUUCUUCUCAUGGUGACACGUUCCUACUACACUUAGCAGAAAAGACUGGGGGUGUCAUUGUAAGCAAUGAUAACUUCAGAGAGUUUGUGAAUGAGUCAGUGUCCUGGAGAGAAAUUAUUGCCAAAAGAUGGCUAAAGUACACAUUCGUGGGGGACAUAUUGAUGGUUCCCAACAAUCCUCUGGGAAGAAAGGGGCCUCAGCUAGAUGAAUUCCUUGGAAAGGAGGGCUCUGUUAGAGACAUGCUGUCUCUACUCAGUGCCCUGCCAAAUGUGGACUGGUUUUCCAGGAGCCGUAACAACCAAGUAGCCAACACCAGGCGCCAGCCUCCAUAUGGGAACCUGGGAGCCUCUUCAGGCUCUUGGCUUCCUCAGCAGCCCCACUUUACGUCCCUGACCAGCAUUCUAGGUAUACUGGAGAAUCGUCUUAUGCCAGCACAGAGAUAUUCUGCUGGGACCAACGAGCUGAGGGAGGCCCUGCUGAAGAUCUUCCCUGAUUCUGAGCAAAAACAGAUGAUCGAAGAGAUCAUGGUAGCUCAGCCAAUUCUGAAUGAACGUGAACGUUCUUACAGGUGUGAUGUUGGACCUAAGUCUGGGCAUCAAACUGAAUCCCUAGUUACAGGGGUUGAGAGAUUUAUCGAGAUGCUGAAAAUACCAUAUAAGCUGGAAUUAAAAAAUGAACCCGGCAGAAGAGAUUUAAAGCAUAUUGUUAUAGAUGGAUGUAGUGUCGCAUUAACCCAUGGUCUGAACAAGUUUUAUAGUUGCCGUGGCAUAGCAAUCGCCGUUGAAUAUUUUUGGGAGCUUGGACACAGGAACAUCACCGUGUUUGUGCCUCAGUGGAGAACAAGGCGCAAUCCUAAUGUCACAGAACAGCACUUCUUGACCCAACUCCAGGAGCUUGGAAUACUAGCAUUAACUCCUUCCAGGACGGUCUUUGGAGAACGAAUUGCCUCUCAUGUUGACUGGUUCCUACUACGCUUAGCAGAGAAGACUGGGGGUGUCAUUGUAAGCAAUGAUAACUUCAGAGAAUUUGUGCAUAAGUCAGAGUCCUGGAGAGAAAUUAUUGCCAAAAGAUUGCUUCAGCACAGGUUCGUGGGGGACAUAUUUAUGGUUUCCGACAACCCUCUGGGAAGAAAGGGGCCUCAGCUAGAUGAAUUCCUUGGAAAGGAGGGCUCUGUUAGAGACAUGCAGCCUCUACUCAGGGCCCUGCCAAAUGUGGACUGGUUUUCCUGGAGCCCUAACAACCAAGUAGCCAACACCAGGCACCAGCCUCCAUAUGGAAACCUGGGAGCUUCUUCAGGCUCUUGGCUUCCUCAGCAGCCCCACUUCACAUCCCUGGCCAGCAUUCUGAGUGGAGAGAAAAAUCAUCUCAUGCCAGCACAGAGAUCUUCUGCAGAGACCAGUGAGCUGAGGGAGGCCCUGCUGAAGACCUCUGAUUCUGAGCAAAGACAGAAGAUCGAAGAGAUCAUAGUAGCUCAGCCAUUCCGAAUGAACGUGAACAUUCUUUCAGAAUCCCUAGUUACUGGAAUUCAGAGAUUUAGAGAGAUGCUGAAAAUACCAUAUAAGCUGAACUUAAAAGAUGAACCCGGCAGAUCCGAUUUAAAGCAUAUUGUUAUAGAUGGAUGUAAUGUUGCAUUUACCCAUGGUCUGAAAAAGUUCUUUAGUUGUCGUGGAAUAGCAAUUGCCGUUGAAUAUUUUUGGGAGCUUGGACACAGGAAGAUCACUGUGUUUGUGCCUCAGUGGAGAACAAGGCGCAAUCCUAAUGCCACAGAACAGCACUUCUUGACCCAGCUCCAGGAGCUUGGAAUACUAGCAUUUACUCCUUCCAGGACGAUGUUUGGAGAACAUAUUGCCUCUCAUGAUGACAGGUUCCAACUACACUUAGCAGAAAAGACUGGGGGUGUCAUUGUAAGCAAUGAUAACUUCAGAGAGUUUGUGAAUGAGUCAAUGUCCUGGAGAGAAAUUAUUGCUAAAAGGUUACUUCAAUACACUUUUGUGGGGGACAUAUUUAUGGUUCCCAAUGACCCUCUGGGAAGAAAGGGGCCUCAGCUAGAUGAAUUCCUUGGAAAGGAGGGCUCUGUUAGAGACAUGCAGUCUCUACUCAGGGCCCUGCCAAAUGUGGACUGGUUUUCCUGGAGCCGUAACAACCAAGUAGCCAACACCAGGCACCAGCCUCCAUAUGGGAACCUGGGAGCCUCUUCAGGCUCUUGGCUUCCUCAGCAGCCCCACUUUACGUCCCUGACCAGCAUUCUAGGUAUACUGGAGAAUCGUCUUAUGCCAGCACAGAGAUAUUCUGCUGGGACCAACGAGCUGAGGGAGGCCCUGCUGAAGAUCUUCCCUGAUUCUGAGCAAAAACAGAUGAUCGAAGAGAUCAUGGUAGCUCAGCCAAUUCUGAAUGAACGUGAACGUUCUUACAGGUGUGAUGUUGGACCUAAGUCUGGGCAUCAAACUGAAUCCCUAGUUACGGGGGUUAAGAGAUUCAGAGAGAUGCUGAAAAUACCAUACAAGCUGGAAUUAAAAAAUGAACCCGGCAGAAGAGAUUUAAAGCAUAUUGUUAUAGAUGGAUGUAGUGUCGCAUUAACCCAUGGUCUGAACAAGUUCCUACUACGCUUAGCAGAAAAGACUGGGGGUGUCAUUGUAAGCAAUGAUAACUUCAGAGAGUUUGUGACUGAGUCAAUGUCCUGGAGAGAAAUUAUUGCCAAAAGAUUGCUUUAGUACAUGUUCAUGGGCGACAUAUUUAUGGUUCCUGACGACCCGCUGGGAAGAAAUGGGCCUCGGCUAGAAGAAUUUCUUGGAAAGGAGGGCUUUUCUGGAGACAUGCAGCCAUUACUCAAUGCCCUACCAAAUGUCGGCACUUUCCAAGCUAGUCCUAACACCCAAGUAUCCAAUACCAGGCACCAGCCUCCAUUUGGGAACCAGGGAGCCUCUUCAGGCCCUUGGCUUCCUCAGCCCCACUUCACAUCCCUGACCACCAUUCAUAGUAUAUAUCAGGACCAUCUCAUGCCAGAACAGAGAUCUUCUGCAGAGACCAGCGAGCUGAGGGAGACCCUGCUGAAGAUUUUCCCUGACUCUGAGCAAAAACUGAAGAUUGACAAGAUCCUGGCUGCUCAGCCGUUCCUGAAAGACCUGAAUGUCCUUUCUGACCUGGUGUUGGACCUAAGUCUGGGUUGA